GCCACCGCCACCGCCACCGCCACCGCCGCCGCCGCCGCCGCCUCUGCUCCCACUUGCGGUUCCGCCAUCCUUCAACAGAGCUGCAGCGAAAUCUCUGGUGCCAAACUGUGACACCAGCGGAUACAUGCAAGUUGCAACCGAACUGCAGGCCCUUGUUGCAGGUCACACAGGGAGACCCUUGGACCCCGCGGCGUUUGGGCUCGUGGAGGCGAUCUUCUUCUGUAAGUUUGGAUCAGGACAGAAUCCUCCUCCCUCCGCCUUCAAUAUCUUCGCAGGGGGAGGGCCCGCCGACCUCCCUCUCCCGAAUACUUAUCCAGGUCUUAGUUACCCGGGCUUAUUUCUUCACGACAACACGACAGUCGACUCAACUGGCCCCUCAGUGCCCGAAGCAACACCGCCUUCUGUCGGCGGCGCAGUCGGACCGGCAACUCUCGAGGUUGAUGGUGGCGAAUCUCCUGAAGAAACCACGGAGGAAAUGAUGCUUCCUGUAGAUGUAACGGAUGUCCCUGAAGUGAUAACUUUGGGUUAUGAAGAAGAGGACGAGGAAAAUGAAGAAGAGGACGAGGAAAAUGAAGAGGAACUCGAUUACAUUACCGACGACAACGAAGGCCCGAUACUUGUGACGGAGGGAAACGACCGCAACAGGUUCUUCUGCGGAGGCGCCCUCAUCACGCCGAAGCAUAUCCUAACCGCCGCUCAUUGUGUCGCUCUCUCGAGGCCCGAAGUCAUCCGACUGGGCGAGCGGGACUUGACGCAGACCACCGAGUCGCAGGCCUUCGACUACCUGGUCCAGAGAGUCGCCAUUCACCCGCAAUACAACCUCCUCUUCAACUACUUCGACAUCGCUGUGAUUGAACUUAGAAAUGAAGUGAAGUUCAGUGCUCUAGUGCAGCCUUACUGCCUGCCUGCCUCCACGCUGACGCUGGAUGGUCGCACCUGCACCGUCUCUGGUUGGGGGUCGCGACCCAACGAGUUCGCAGCAACACUGCUCACAAGCCUGGAAGUCGACGUGAAGCCCCAGGCGGAAUGCAACGCCCUGUAUGCCGAGGCAGGGAGUGUCUUCACCACCAGCUAUCCGCAGGGGCUGGACGCCACUCUUCUCUGUGCCGGCGGGGGCACCGGCAAGGACGUGUGCAGGGGCGACUCAGGCGGGCCGCUGGUGCUGGGCGUGGACGGGCGCGAGACGGAUGUGAGUGUGGUGAGCGCAGGGCUGGGCUGCGGCGACCCUCGGUUCCCCGGCAUCUACACCCGCGUCGACGCCUUCCUCGACUGGCUGGAUCGCACGGUGUACGGCGCGUGCGCCCGGGCGUCCUUCGCGGCGCUGCAAGGAGGUGCGGCCCCAGGGAACGACACGGAGGGUGGGGCGACUGCGGCGCUCUGACGUUGAGGACAUGGUAGGGAGCUGCUCCUCACACAAAUAUAGUGGGCUCAAAAAAGUUUACAAUUUCAUCUUCAAGAAAAGUUAACAUCGCGUUCCGAGAAGAACGUUCAUCCAGCGACAUCAAUCAACUCUGCACUAUCGGAGUUUUGUGUUGUGUGUUUGGCCAGCUCAUGGUCUUGGCUUCUCGCUAAAUGUUUUGUUUUACGUCAGUGAUUGAUUGUCUACGACUGAUGAAGGAUUAAACAUUAGAUCAUUUGGUCAGAAUUUUCUAAAUAGAAUGCCAAGUUUGACAACUAGUAAUUCCAGUUCAGCUUAACAGAAUGGGUCGAAACAAAUGACAUUAAACGACAUGAGAACAGUGAUUGUCUCCAAUGCGAUAUUUGCAAAUAUGAAGGCUGCUGUCACACAAGCAACCUGAGAAAUAAAACAAGAAAAAUGUUUCAGGAGCACCGAGGAAGACUUUGACAAGAACAGACACAAAGCUCAAGCCUAAGGUGAUGUCUGAACUUACUAUAACAGCAUCAGCAUUUAAGAAGAAGCAUCCAGAUCUCCCCAAGGACGUGUCAAUAACGUGUCCAGCAUCGCCUUCAGAAAGACCUCUGUUUACUGUCUCGGCGCUUAACUGUGAAGCCUCUACUCCAAAAUCUAUAAAAAAUAAAUUUUGCACGAAGUAUCAAUGCUAGAUGAUGUCCGAUUGGCAAAAAAGUGAUGCUGAGUGAUGAAAUAUCUUUCAGACAGGUGAGAGGAAUUUUUUAUUUCGUGCGUCGCCCCAACUCCGUCCUGCGCUGUGAUCACAAAUACACAGUUAAAGACAGUUAAUCGUGCGGUUUCGGAUUCUUUGAAAAUAAGGGUAGGCGAGGUCCAUACUUUCUUCUGAAGAAUGCAUCAGCGAGCGGAAGUGAUUACGCUCCUUUUCCCCAGUCAGAGACAGUCCAAAAGUUACCAAAUGACAGUGGCAUUAAUGUAUUAGAGUAGUCAGGUAAGUCACCUCAAUGAAGACCAAAGUUAAAAAAAAAAAAAAACAGGCCUAGCAACACCAAAGAUCUGCUAGAGACACUGAAGAAGCUAGUGGUGUCUCCUGUUCUGUCGAUCUUCCUGAUUCCACAGAUAGUUUUGCAGCAGAGAGGGAACAUGAUAAGUACUAAAUGUAAGAAAUAAAAUUAUGCAA